UACACGGUUCAGCAUGGCUUUGGGAGCACCUGAAGUUUACUACUGAGGAGUUUUAUCAGCGUUUAAUGAAGAUAUCCGACUAGUUCGUCUCCACUGGUGUGGCUACACGGUAAAUUUACACCGGGGAAGCAUUUCAUUGUGAGCUAUUACUGACCAUUACUUUUUAAGCGAUGCCUGGUAACGAAGUGACGGAGCUUUGAUGGUCCAGCGUGGCUGUGCACGGUGAACACACUCCGCAUGCUUCGACCAAAAUAAUACAAAUAUAUUUCACCGUAAGUGACCAUAAUGUCGAAGGUGAAGGCAAAGAAAACAGACUCUCCAGCUAAAACACAGCAGCUCACCGCUAAAGAGAAAAACAACAAUAUGAAAAAGAAAAAGAAACACUGGUUUAAAAAGAGGUUUAAAGAGAAAAAGGUUCCAUCAAACGACCAAGGAAACGCACAACCUCCAAAAGAUGUCCAGAACUUCUCUGCCAACUGGAAGACAUUACAAGAGAUAUUAAAAGUCAGUCAGCCGGAGAAGAAACAGCCGGUGACACCAAGAUAUCAGAACGGUGCUCUGCAAAAAAAGGAGGCUAAAGAGAAUUCUUCUAAAAAUAUUUCCAAGAACAAUACCGGCCCCUCGAAGACAGACACUGGGCACAAAUUGAAGCACAAAACUGUGUCUAACAGUGCUGUCCCAAAGGACUCUGAGGUCAACUUGAAGGGCCCAGCUGUCUCACAGUCAGGACAGUCUACUGCUCCAAAAAGGAAAAAGGACAGUGGGAAGUCAAACAGCGAGCAAGCAGCCAAGAAAAAGAAGUCUGUGGCUGAAGAGAUGAAACCUACAGAAGAGGACCUUUGGUUUGAUGAUGUGGACCCUGACGACAUUGAGGCGACAGUGGGAGCAGAAGCAGCAGAGAUCAUGAGGAAGAAGCAGGGCAUUCAGAAGAACAAGGACACAGAGAGCGCCCUGGUCAAGGAGAAAGCCUUUGAGGGUCUCACCAGAGUUGUGGCCAUUGAUUGUGAGAUGGUGGGAGUCGGUCCCGACGGAGAAGACAGCAUCUUGGCGCGCGUGUCCCUCGUGAACCAGUUUGGGAAAUGUAUCUACGACAAAUAUGUAAAACCCACAGAGAAGGUGACAGACUACAGGACAGCCGUCAGCGGCAUCCGACCGGCGGACAUCAAAGAUGGAGAGGAUGUACGGACUGUGCAGAGGGAGGUGGCUGAGAUUCUGCAAGGCAGAAUAGUGGUUGGACAUGCCAUACACAAUGACCUGAAGAUUUUACUCUUGGAUCAUCCAAAAAAGAAAAUCCGCGAUACUCAGAAGUACAAACCCUUCAAGAAGAUUGUUAAGAGUGGUCGACCCUCACUCAAAGUCCUCUGUAGAGAAAUACUCAACGUGAAGGUCCAGCAGGGUGAACAUUCAUCUGUCCAAGACGCACAGGCUGCCAUGAGGCUGUACACCAUGGUGAAAAAACAAUGGGAAGCAGAGGUCAAAGCCAGUCGCAAGAACAAAGACUCAGACAAGAAAAGUGGGAGAAAGCCCAAGUUGCCUAAGAACAGAGGCAAGAAUCCCAUGGGAGUGUGAAUUCAAAACCAGUCUGUGAGACGACGGCUCAUCUCUGGAUCACAGCAGAUCUCACUGAAGAUGAUCAGACGUCUAGCUUUCUUUUUUGAAGACACCACGAGCCGACUUUUGAAAGUAAGUGGAACACUUGUGAUGGUGUGAAAAUAUGAUACCGGGGGGGGGGGGUAAUUUAGGUAAAUUAUCGAACAAUCGAUCACAACAGUCCGUCAAAGUGAUGAAAAACAAACCAGUAAGAAAGUCACUGUAAAUGAACAUUUCCGUAAAAAUGUUUUUUAAACCAGUGUCUUUGUCACCCUGAGCCCCGCUGUACCAAACAUUUGAAAGACUUGAUUGUUUUAGCUGAUUUGCCAAGACUUUCACAAACCGGAGCAUCUCAGGCUGUGACUCAAACAGGGAUUUAAAAAACAUCUGCCACUGCUCGGAGCCUCUAUUUACUCUGAACCUUUCAGCCACUUCCUCCUCAGGUAUUUCCAGACAACAUUACCCAAUAUGUUAUUCCCAGCAUCUGGAAGCAUGUUUUCAGAUCCUGCACCUUCCAACGUCUUCGAAAGAAUUCUUUUGAGAAUUCAAAACGUGUCCACUACCACGCGAUGCACCGCUGACGUGUUGUUCAUUAUGGUUCCAGUGUUCAUAUAAACUGUUUAGAUCUUUGGUCUCUCAUGACUUCUUGGUUUGUAAUCAUUUGAUUCCUGGUUGCCUUAAAUGUUGUUUGUUUGAAAACGUAUGAAUAAAACUUAAGAAUUCUUUUUCUGUAGAUAUAUUACAUCUAUUGUUAAUAGAUCUCCUUACCAGGGGUUCCAUUUUCGUCGAGGGCAGAUGUGAACAUACGGACAUAUUGUUAAUUUUCUUGUCAUGUCUCAGACUUCUUCAGUUUGUCAACAGUCUAUGAGCUUCAUGGGCACAUCCAUGAAAUCUGGCGCUCAAAUUUUUGUGAUCCUUUUUUUUUUUUUUGGAAUUGUCUCUUGACCGCUAACGUGUACUGUAUCGCCAUCUUUCUGUUCACGCCGUAAGCCUUUGAUUUAACAUCACUAGUCAUUCUCAGAUUACUCCAUUUGAAACCUGCACCCUUGGUCAGAAGAUUCCAGGCUCUAAAUUAUAGGCUUAAAUCACGGAGCCCGAUCAGAUUCUGGAGGCCUCAGUCGGAUGAAAACUUUCUUUAUCAUUCUAAGAGGAACAGACCAGGGCGAGGGUCCUUGAAGUAGCCUUCAGUAUUAGAUGAAGGAUGACCUGUCCUUCCUGAUUGUUUUACAAAAGUAUGUUUCUCGGUUGGCUUUGGUCUCAAUAGCAAACCUGCACAGUUUGAAUAUAAUUUAAAUAACUUUAUUCAUAAAGUGUCUUAACAAAAGACUUACGGUAUACAAUCUCCUACUUGUUGUUCUUUUUUGGUUCAUUCAUGGUGAGAAUGCUAGAGAUUUAAACUCCACCUUUGCCAGCAGUAUGUCAGUGUGAUUUGCUGCCCAGUAGCUAGUGCACAGUGUGCCCUAUAUUGGUGAAAUGAAGCCGACGCCCUUGGUCUGCAGCCUCCAGGCGCUAAAUUAGGCUCUAUACCGAGCGCGGUCAGAUACUGUGAAGAUGUCUAGCAGAUGAAAAGCAGAACAGCAGACCACAGUGUAAAUCUGAAUUCAGGAACUGACUAUCUACUGAAAUAUGAGAUUUUAUUUUCUGAAUAACACUGGGUAUUUCGGUACAGUGGUGUUACGGUUGUAGUGCAACAGAUUAGCAGAGAUAAUUUCUCAUGUGUUCAGAGUGAAACUGCUUAAUGUGCCCCACUGUAAAUGUUUUUGUUAGCCUACAAACAUACUAUAGGAGCACAGUGAGAAAAGCUACUGGUUUCCUGAUCAUUUAAAAUAUAUAUUUGUACUAAAUAUCAGCAGAUUAGCUGGAUUCUAAGGAUGACUAUGAUGUUGCUGGGCUUCCUCUGCCUAUAGUGAAGCCACUCAGGAUCUGAACCUGGAGGAAUAAGCCUGGCCAAAUGAGGAUCCUCCGUGCUUAGCAAGACCGAGGGGCUAUAACACUGAUAAAUAAUGAAAGAUAAUCAAAGCUAUUUAAGGAAGGCGGCUUAGCUCAGUCUGAGUUUAAGAGGAGAAGAAGAAACAAGCUGUUGUAAUUUGAUAUAAGAAAUUAAAGUUUAGCACUGCUAUGUUUUUGAAUUUGUAUGAUUUCUUGGAAAAAAAACAGAGUUCUGUGCUGCACUGCUCAGAUGAACUUCUCAGGAAAUAAUGGUAACUUUAAUUAAGACUAGGCACGCACCAGGGUCAUCCUGUCAGCCCAAAUGUAUUCAUCAUUGUCAGGUGCAUAGAGAAGAUUUCAGUUUGCAGAAAUCACACAUUAAAAGUUUGAACAGUUUGAACAAGGCCUGAGCGAUGGAUAUACUGUGAAUCCACAUUCAUGUUUUGUUGACAUUUAAAGUUUCACACCAACAUGGUGACCAUGUCCAGGAAAUCCAGAUACAGUAAACAGAUUGAAAAACAUGAUUUUAUUGGAAAGACAUUUGAUUUCUGAGAAAUUGUAUAUUGGCUGUAUGUGAGUCUGGAAGAAAAUCAUUUACAGUAAGGCCUCGGGGGGAAAAAGAUAAUGAAGGUUUUAGUUACAUUUUCACAAUAAUACAGUAUUUAUGUCUUUUAAUUGUUAAAUUGAUCCGUCAAUUAGAUACUGCUUUAUUGAUUGAUAGUUUCUGAAACAAAAUGAAGCUGUAACACGGAGCUCUGGAGGACUGUGGAGUCUCUAGCUUUGCUGGAAUUUUCCUCUGCUGUGCUGGAAAUAACAUGGUAAUAAGACUGUAUCCUCUCAUUUACCAAAUCUCAUGAUGGGACUGGAGGAAUUACUGCUGUUGCUAACAUGGCACUUGGGUCAUAAUUCAGUAAAAUGUUGCUUACAGUCUUCCCGACUACUGCAUAUGGCUUCUGUCUCGAAAGCGAUUAGAGUCAAUAUUGACAUUUGUUGUGCGGUCUGUGGGUUUUCAGACACACGGCUAUUAAACGGCACCUCUGCAAAGUUUGAUUUGUGUGUCUUGUUUAGUUCACACACCAAAUUCAGUUUUAUAUCCCUCUACAACCACCUUCCACUGAACAUAAAAUAUGUUCUGAGCCCGGACAUCACUCCGAGUUUCAUCUCUGAAGUGACAUUUUUCAUUUCUGAACACGGGGAGCACCAAGUCGAUGGACACUGUUUCUCAAUUAGUGAUGGACAACAUCAAUAAAGAUUAUUGAGCCACCAGUUUCUCAUUGUCAAUGUGUCUUUGCAUCCUCAAGGCCAGCAAUCCUUUCUGUUUACCUUAUAGUGCCAACCCUAUCUGUGCAAACAUGGAGGAUACAGUAUAGUGGAUUCACAUUAAAUACAGUGUGUAUUAUAUGCUGCUGUGUAUUGCUGUUUUACUAUGUAUAUACAAUGCUAAAUGACCAGCCAUGCAGUACUGGAAAUAAUAGUAAACCAACAAAGACUGAGGACAUUGUCACAGAGCUGUUUUUUUUCUAUGUCAGUGUUUGAGAAUCUUCUCUUGACUACACAAUGUCUCCUAAGGUCUGCUGCUCUCUACUUCCUUAUGCAUGAGUUGCACGAUGCUGCCGCCAAGAGACUGGCUGUGGAUGUGCCUGUGUUGACUAAUGCUCACUCUUAGUACGAACAAACUUGAACAUUCAGUAUUUAUGCAGGUUGAUGAAGAAACAGUGUCAGCUACUUUCUGUGGAUGACUUCCUGCUCAUCUGUUCUGGUCUGGCAACGCUGAGCGUGGAUUCUCUUUUAGUUGAAAGCAGAGCCGUUGGCUCUUCUGGGCCUUUAGGAGCAGUGAUUGACAGUUUUCUUGUUACUGGACAUGCUGAGUCUUAACUGAACGUGGAAAUGAUGUGUAUUAAUUUCAUUCUUUGCCAUAAAAAUAUUAUGAUUUAAGUGGGAUAUGUAGUUUUUACUAAAUUAAUUUGUAGCUUAUAAGUUAGUAAGGUUUUAUACUCUGUCGAUUGUUCUACCAUGUUGAAAAAUGUAAACAAC